GGCCGUUCCCGCGCAGGCGCUACCGCCGUCGCCGUCGCCCUCCGACCGCCGGAAGGUCCAUCUGUCUAUGCGUGCCCACUCUUCCUGGGGAGAUGUCCAAUGUUUCCAGUUAUGCCCUUAAAAUGGCCCGGCUGAGUGCUCAGAUAUUUGGAGAACUUGUCAGGCCAACUGACUCAAAAUCUAUGAAAGUAGUGAAGUUAUUCAGUGAGCAACCUUUGGCAAAGCAGAAGGAGGUCUACGACUGGUAUCCUCCUCACAACACCUACUAUGGCCUCAUGAAGAGACUCCGUUUCUUUGGUCUCUACAGGGAUGAGCAUCAGGACUUUAAGGAGGAGAUGAGACGACUGAAAAAGCUCCGUGGGAAGGAAAAGCCAAAGAAGGGGGAAGGAAAGAGAGCGCUCAAGAAGAAAUAAUCCCAUUUGGACUAUACAACAAACUACUGGAAAUGCUGGAGAGCAGCUCUAUGCCAGACUUUCUGUUCCCAGCUGGAGAGGGCUUGGCAUGUGAGCUGCCUGUGGGGCACAAGAAACACACUGUGAAAUACUGGAGUCCACUCUGGGAGUUCACUUGGUGGGUCUUUGUGAUUUUAUUGGUUUUUAAUUUGUGUGGUUUAAAUAUACUGUACAUUGUACCAUCUAAGUUUGUUAGAGCCCUCUCUUCCUCAAGUAUUAAAAACAAUACUAAAAAGAAAAAA